AUGCCUUAUCGCAUCGGUAAGACUCUCCCCCUCUCUCCCCCGCUCUCUUUCCUCUUCUGCUUUGGUGUCGAACUACUUUUGAUGUAUCUUCCCGGUUUCUACGGAAAGCUGACUUGCUCUACAGAGGUUUCCCCGAACAAUCGGGCUGGUUGCAAAAACAAGGAAUGCAAGGAUGAGAGUAUCAAAAUUACCAAGGGCGAAAUCCGUGUCGGGACCUGGAUCGAGACCGACAACUUUCAAAGCUGGAGCUGGCGCCACUGGGGUUGUACCACUCCACUCAUUCUCUCUCACAUCGUCAAAGGUGUCUUCGAGGAGGACAAGCUGACCGGCGAUGAGAACUUCGAGCUCAUCGAUGGCUGGGAGGAUCUCCCUGAGGUAUACCAGGAUACUGUCCGUGAGGCUCUCAUCCAGGGACACGUAAACGAUGAUGCCUGGAAGGGUGACCCGGAAUGUAAUCGCCCCGGCAUGCGUGGCUUCCGCAUCCCAUCAAAGAAGGCGGCCGCCGCUAAGAAAGCCGAUGUCGAGGACGCGGGCGAGGAGGCCAAGGAUGAGCCCAAGAAGGAUAGUGCUGCUACUGGUGAAAACGACAAGGAUGUCAAACCUGCCAAAGAGGUCAAGAAGGCUUCUCGCGCCAAGACCAAGAAGCUUGCCGACGACGAGAAGGUUGACGAAGCCGAUGAGGCCGACAAUGAGGCGGAAGAAAAGCCCGCCAAGGCAAAGCGAAGCGCUCGUGCCAAAAAGACCGCGGCGAAUGAGUCUGCCAACAAGGAGACUACUGAGUCUACUACAAAGGCCAACGCCAAGGCCAAGCGAGCUCCUCGUGCUAAAGCUGCUGCUAAGGAGGAUGCAGUCGCUGAGACUCAGCCGGCCAAGCGACGUGGCCGUCCUCCCAAGUCCGCCACUGCCACCGAGGAAUCGACCAAGCCUGCUCCAAAGGGAACCAAGCGCAAGGUAUCCGAUGAUCUGGAUCAGAGUGAGACCGCUAACAAGCCUAAGCGUGGCCGCAAGAAGGCUGCGGUGGCCGAGAAGGAGACCGAGGAGCGGGCAGCUACCCCAGAAAAGCCAAAGCGCGGCCGCAAGAAGGCUGCCAAGGAGUAA